AGAGGAGGAGUAGGGAGGGGUGAGGUAGCCAUCCAUCCAUCCAGAGCCGCUGAUCCACCGGUAUCAUGGCUUCCUAACAGGAGGGGGGGAAGCGACUCAGAGCAAAACAAGGAUCUUUUCUCAACGACCCGACACCAUUUUUAUCGCCCUUUUCCAGCAGCUGAGAGUGGGACAGAAAGGGGCUCGGCCUCCCGUUUCGCCUCCCCCCGCCCCGCGGCCGCCCCCCACCCCCGGGAUCCAGGAUAAACUUUAAUAUUUUUUUAUCGGUGAAUUUCCAUUCGUAGCCCGUGGAAGAUGGCGGACCCGGCGGAGUGCACCAUCAAAGUGAUGUGCCGCUUCAGGCCCCUGAACAGCUCCGAGGUCACCAGAGGCGACAAAUACAUCCCCAAGUUUCAAGGGGAAGACACCGUCGUUAUCGGGGGUAAACCGUACAUGUUCGACAGAGUGUUUCAGUCGAGCACAACACAAGAACAAGUGUACAACGCCUGUGCCCAAAAGAUCGUAAAAGAUGUUCUCGAGGGAUACAACGGGACGAUUUUUGCAUACGGGCAGACAUCAUCUGGCAAAACGCACACCAUGGAGGGGAACCUCCAUGACACAGAUGCAAUGGGCAUCAUCCCCCGGAUAGUGCAAGACAUCUUCAACUACAUCUAUUCCAUGGACGAAAACCUGGAGUUUCAUAUCAAAGUUUCAUAUUUUGAAAUCUACUUAGACAAGAUCCGGGACCUUUUGGACGUGUCGAAGACCAAUCUGUCCGUGCACGAAGACAAAAACAGAGUACCUUAUGUCAAGGGCUGCACUGAGAGAUUCGUUUGCAGCCCAGAUGAGGUCAUGGACACGAUUGAUGAAGGCAAAUCUAACAGACACGUAGCAGUUACAAACAUGAACGAGCACAGCUCCAGGAGUCACAGCAUCUUCCUGAUAAAUGUUAAACAGGAGAACACUCAGACUGAGCAGAAGCUCAGCGGGAAGCUCUACCUGGUCGAUCUGGCUGGUAGCGAAAAGGUCAGUAAAACAGGUGCAGAGGGAGCUGUGCUGGAUGAAGCCAAGAACAUCAACAAGUCCCUGUCGUCCCUGGGAAACGUCAUCUCUGCUUUGGCUGAAGGAACGGCCUACAUCCCCUACCGAGACAGCAAGAUGACCCGUAUCCUGCAGGACUCGCUGGGCGGCAACUGUCGAACCACCAUCGUCAUCUGCUGCUCGCCUUCCUCCUACAACGAGGCCGAAACCAAAUCCACCCUCAUGUUCGGGCAGAGAGCAAAGACCAUCAAGAACACGGUGACGGUGAACAUCGAGCUGACGGCGGAGCAGUGGAAGCAGAAGUAUGAGAGGGAGAAGGAGAGGAACAAGACCCUGAGGAACACCAUCACCUGGCUGGAGAACGAGCUCAAUCGCUGGAGGAACGGUGAGAGCGUCCCGGUGGAGGAGCAGUUCGACAAAGAGAAGGCCCACGCCGAGGUGCAGGCCCUGGACAACAUACUCAACGACAAACCGGCCUCCACGCCCAACGUGCCGGGGGUUCGCCUCACUGAUGUGGAGAAGGACAAGUGUGAGGCCGAGCUGGCCAAACUCUACAAACAGCUGGACGAUAAGGAUGAGGAAAUCAACCAGCAGAGCCAGCUGGCAGAGAAGCUGAAGCAGCAGAUGCUGGACCAGGAGGAGCUUCUAGCCUCCUCCAGGCGCGAUCACGAGAACCUCCAGGCCGAGCUGAACCGCCUGCAGGCGGAGAACGAGGCCUCCAAGGAGGAGGUGAAGGAGGUGCUGCAGGCUCUGGAGGAGCUGGCCGUCAACUACGACCAGAAGAGCCAGGAGGUGGAGGAUAAGACCAAGGAGUUCGAGGCCAUCAGCGACGAGCUCAGCCAGAAAUCGUCCAUCCUCUCGUCCCUGGACUCUGAGCUCCAGAAGCUGAAGGAGAUGUCCAACCACCAGAAGAAGAGGGUGACUGAGAUGAUGUCGUCUCUGCUGAAGGACCUGGCUGAGAUCGGCAUCGCCGUCGGCAGCAACGACAUCAAGCAACACGAGGGCGGCAGCGGCCUGAUAGACGAGGAGUUCACGGUCGCCCGUCUGUACAUCAGCAAGAUGAAGUCCGAGGUGAAGACGAUGGUGAAGCGCUGCAAGCAGCUGGAGAGCACCCAGUCAGAAAGCAACAAGAAGAUGGACGAGAACGAGAAGGAGCUGGCCGCCUGCCAGCUGCGCAUCUCCCAGCACGAGGCUAAAAUCAAGUCCCUGACCGAGUACCUGCAGAACGUGGAGCAGAAGAAGAGGCAGCUGGAGGAGAACGUGGACUCUCUCAACGAGGAGCUCGUUAAGCUCAGCGCUCAGGAGAAAGUUCAUGCGAUGGAGAAGGAGAAUGAGAUCCAGACGGCCAACGAAGUCAAGGAAGCGGUGGAGAAGCAGAUCCACUCCCACCGUGAAGCUCACCAGAAACAGAUCAGCAGCCUGAGAGACGAGCUGGACAACAAGGAGAAACUCAUCACUGAGCUGCAGGAUCAGAACCAGAAGAUCAUGUUGGAGCAGGAGAGGCUCAGAGUGGAGCACGAGAAGCUGAAAUCCACCGACCAGGAGAAGAGCCGCAAGCUGCACGAGCUCACGGUGAUGCAGGACAGGAGGGAGCAGGCCAGACAGGACCUGAAGGGUCUGGAGGAGACAGUGGCCAAAGAGCUACAGACUCUACACAACCUGAGGAAACUCUUUGUCCAGGACCUGGCCACCAGAGUGAAAAAGAGCGCUGAGAUGGAUUCAGACGACACAGGUGGGAGUGCAGCUCAGAAGCAGAAAAUAUCCUUUCUUGAGAACAAUCUUGAGCAACUCACCAAGGUUCACAAACAGCUGGUACGUGAUAAUGCAGACCUGCGCUGUGAGCUUCCAAAACUGGAAAAGCGUCUUCGUGCUACGGCUGAGCGGGUCAAGGCCCUGGAGUCUGCUCUGAAGGAGGCCAAGGAGAACGCCGCCCGCGACCGCAAGCGCUACCAGCAGGAGGUGGACCGCAUCAAGGAGGCCGUCAGGGCCAAGAACAUGGCCAGGAGGGGACACUCGGCCCAGAUCGCCAAACCCAUCCGGCCUGGGCAGCCGCCGGUGGCGUCUCCCACUCAUCCCAACAUCAACCGCAGUGGAGGAGGCUUCUACCAGAACAGCCAGACCGUGUCCAUCAGGGGAGGAGGCAGCACCAAACCCGACAAGAAUUGAAGAGCAGUGGGGCAGAAGGACGACACCACAGAAGAAGUCAGUACCACCCCCCCCCCUCCCACCCCGACAACCUGUCAUUCCAUAACAGCGAACAGGCUCCUCGUCACCGCUCUGGAGCCACGAAGGAGUUUCUGAAUUAUAAAUAUAUAUAUAUAAAUAUUCCCGGCCUGUACAGCUCCACACCCCCCCCCCCAACCUCCCCCCUCACCCCCCUCCCUCUGUCUCUCUACCUUCCCCCCUUUACACACAAACAAACCUCCACCCUCAUCAUGACUUAUCUCUUUUUCUCUUAGUGAAUAUAAUAAUAAAAAAUAAAAUAAAAUAAAAGACAGAUUUUGAUUCAUAAAAGGCGAGAUAAUGUUGUUAUCCACCAAAACCAAACGCAGUCUUGAGUGCAGCCUUGAUGAGCGAAAAAAAAGCGCGCGCGACUCGAAUGCGUAGCUUUCUCUUUUUUCGUUUCUCCUGUUCAUUCGUUUUUUUUUUCCUUUUUUCUCCUUUGCGCAGUCUGUCGUCAUCCGUCGUCGUCGUCGUCGUGCGAGUAGUUCUGCACUGUGCCAAGCUGAAUGUAACGGUAGCAAGAUCCGAGAAGAUAAACACCUAAAGCAAAAAGACCAAAAAAAACAACUAAAAAACCGAUAAUAAAAUAAAAUAAAGAAGAUCCGACCACGAGAAGUAGCUUGACCCCUGUAGGCUAACCACUGUACAUGUCAUCGUUAUUAAAAUGAUUCUUAUUAUCGGUUAACCACACUUUUCUCUGGAUAGAUUUUACAUGCUUCUUUAAGGAAUAAUAAAAAAAAAUGAUAAUAAAUAAAAAAAAAAAUAAGCGUUUUGACUUGACUAGAUGGCGUCGAGCACCACUGUUCUGUCCGGUCUUGUACAGAUUGUAAAAUUGGCACAACUGCACACGUUUUCCCCGGAGAAGUUAGAAAACGGGAGGAGCUGGAGCUGGAGCGGCGGCUGAAAAAGAAGGAUUUUAAAAAAUAUAUAAAUAUAUAUAUAUAAAUAUACAUACAGGAGAAAAAAAAAAGAAAGGCCAUGACGGACGUGUGACGGUGAACUGUAGAUGUAUUUAACUAAAUACCUUGUUUUUAAUCGUUAAGUUAAAACCUGUACUCGUUAACGGGAGGAACGCGAGGGAAGGAAGGAGAAUGAUCCGGUUAACACGACAAACCUUUUCCACCUUUUCGCUUUGUAGCUACAUGUUUUUAAUUCUCUCAGAGGUUGAUGAUGUUCAUGGACGUUAUUGUUCUUGAGGCUGAUGGCACACGAUGCUCGUCCUGUCCUGUCCUGUCCUGUCCUGCCCCGUCCUGUCCCGUCCCGUCCCGUCCCGUCCCGUCCCGUCCCGUCCUGUCCUGUCCUCGCUGGGUCUCACUCUCGCUUCGGUUCUUGUCGUUUUCUUUAUCAAGCGUGCCUCGCUUCUUCUUUCGCCCCCUUUUCUUCUUCUUCUUCCUUUUUUGGUUUUGCUGUUGUCGUCGACCCUGUUAAAUGUCCCCGCCCCCUUUUUGGUUGUAAAUUUUUCCAGAAAGCGACGUGUCAUGCUGGGUUUUUAUUGUACUGUACCUCUUUCAUUGUUCCUUAGUCAUCGGCGUAGAUUUCUUUUUUUGAAGGUGGAGCCGCGGCGGAUGAGUGGGGUUGGUUGGUGAGUGGGUGGGUGGGUCAGACCUUUUGCUGCUGAUCAGCCAAUCAGGGAGAGCAAAGGGUCUUAAAAUUGCACAAUAAUCUUCAUGUGGAGGAAGGGUUUAUUUAACUAGUCGAGGGGUGUAGGAUUUAUUUUGUGUUUUGUUGUAUUUUUUUCUUUUUUUUUUAGUGUUUUCCUUUAAAUUCCUACCACAGAUUUGUUUUGUUUUUUUAGGUUUUUUCCUUUUUUUUUAACCCUCUGAAGCCCCAGUGCAUUGGCAAAGAGCUCGUUGUGAUUGUAACUCCCCCUCCCUCCCUCCCCCUCCCUCCCCCCCGUACAGCAUGAGAACACUAACAUCUUGUGCAAUAUACUGUAAAAUACACUGUAUAUCAGUCGGCUGGCAGGUGUGAUCAGGGUGCUUAAUCGGAAGUUGACACUCAAACAUCAGUUUUGACUGAAAAAAAAAAAUAAAAAGUAGGAUAUCAGCUAGAAGGUGUCAUACUAAACACUCGUCAUCUUUUAACAGGAAAUAGCACUUCUUCACUCAAUGUCUGCACUCGGAAAGAAAAGAAAACACUCCAUAUGUGGUUGUUGUUUUUUUUUUUUUUUUUUUUUUUUGUUUUGACUGGAGGGGGAAGAAGAAAAAAAAACGAAGUUUCCAAAGCCCAGUGUGUGGAACUGUUUGUUGACAGUAGUAAUAAUUUACACGCUUCAAGCUGCAGGGAGGAGUAGCUCCCUCCCACUGGUGACAGGACUGUGUUUGGUGUCUAUCGAGACGGUUUAUACUCCGUGUGUAACCUUCUUAGAUUAGGUAAUACUCUGCAGCAUGGACCUCAAAAUGUUUAUCCUUUGACCUUCCACCAAAACUGGAUAUGAAAUGGGGGAAAAAAAGAAAAUACAAACUUGUGGUGUUUAUCUAAAGUAAAAAUUUUGCAUUGAUUCUAAAAAUUAAACAAAAAAAAAAAACGAAAAGUGUAGCCACUUUUUUUUAUUACUGUGUAAUAGUUGGUCAAUUUUUAAAAAGGACAGUUUUGGGGAUCCAUCAGUGGACAUGGUACUGGAUCAUUCCUGGAGAACUGGGGCACAAAUAGCAGGGCUCUGAUGAGGACGGAGACGGGAAGUCAAUGAGAUCACAGUUUUGGAUUGACUGCAUGAUGUAAAUGUAUGUGUGAUUAAAUAAUUAUGAGGAAAAAAAAAGAA